AUAUUUAUUACAUUAUUUCAACAGACACCAUGACACAGACCCAUCUAAGUUCUAGUUAAAGACAUAUCAGAGCAGAUGGUGUCCACAGCACCGGGAAGCUAACCCUGCUUUACCAAUAAGCUGAAGAAGAGAGAAGGACAUCCAAGCAGACAGCGUAUGGGCACGUGGGGAUGGAUCUCCUGUUGGAAAAACUCCCACUGUGAAUCUGGGCUGCUGCCAGGCUGGGGACUGUAGCAGUGGCAUUGUUAUCACAACUGCCAGCACAAGCUGAUCAGCAUCCACAGCACCAGCACUCAGGAGGUAGGAUGAUGGCCGAACGCACCUUCAUCGCCAUCAAGCCUGAUGGAGUACAGCGGGGCUUGGUGGGAGAAAUUAUCAAACGAUUUGAACAGAAGGGAUUCAAACUGGCAGCCAUGAAAUUCAUGCAUGCCUCUGAAGAUCUUCUCAGAGAACACUACAUUGACCUGAAAGACAGGCCAUUCUAUGCUGGUUUAGUUAAAUAUAUGCAUUCUGGACCUGUUGUAGCCAUGGUAUGGGAAGGCCUUAAUGUAGUUAAGACUGGUAGAGUAAUGCUGGGAGAAACGAAUCCUGCAGAUUCCAAGCCUGGCACAAUUCGUGGGGACUUCUGUGUUCAAGUUGGCAGAAAUAUAAUUCAUGGAAGUAACUCUGUAGAAAGUGCUGAGAAUGAAAUUAACCUGUGGUUCACUCCUGAAGAACUGGUUGACUACACAAGGUGUGAUCACUCAUGGAUCUAUGACUAAAAAAACCACAUGUGUUUCUUGUUUAUUAUCCUUUUGUUCCACUAUUGACCUUGAAACAAUCCCUACCUCCGUUAUCUUCUAGGGUUGUUUUCUGACCCCCACAAUGUGCUUUUAUGUACAUUUAUGGGAAAAUGUCCUCACUGUUUUAAAUUAUAGAUGUAAUCAUGUUUGCUGUUUGAAGAAAAGGGUUAAUUUAUUAAAUAUUAAAUUCAUCAUUCCAAUUAGAAAAAGUCAUGGGGCGAAGGAUGUGGAAGAGCACUUUUUUUUUGCUCCCAUUCAACCGUUAUCAAGUGCAUAUGCUUAGAUUUAUUAUCUUAAAUUGAUUGUACUCAAUGGAGUCAACCCAGUAUUUUACGCGUUUAAAAGAAGAGAAGGUAGUACUGUAUGCAAACUGU